AUGGCAUAUUUUGUCUUCCUAUCGGAUCUCGAUGCGAAUGAGAAAUUUUUCUUUGACUGUGCCGGGAGUACUUAUGAAUUUCCUAUGCAUUUGGAACCAAUGAAAGACUACCAGUUAAGUGUUUACAGAGGAAAUGAUUUACAUGGUGGAAAACACCUUUUUUCUUCCAUUGCAAGAUUAGAUUUCCGAGCUUUUAUGACUAAGAGAGAGAUAAAAUUGCUCUGUGAAAGAGGGGCCAGAUUCCGUGAAGCACUCUUUGUACCCAUCUCCCAUCUCUAUAGAAACAAACCACAGGUUUACUAUGACAACAUAUUUCAAAGGAAUCAUGGAAUUAUGGGUAAAUACCUGAAAAAUGAUGGCGGAGAUCAGGCAUCUGUAUUAAACAGAGCGAUACAGGGUCUUUUUUUCAGUGCCUACUUACAGCGUCAACCCAAUGGCUUCUUCCUUCCACCUAUGGCCUCACCUUUUGGAGAUACAAGACUGAACAUCCCAAUUACCUUUUUCCUUAAUCCGAGCAAUAAUUUGUAUUUUGCUGAUUUUUUCUGCCAUGAUUAUAACCAUCAUGUAACUCUUGUUAUAACAGUAAAAGGUAGUUAUUCUGAUAAUUUUUGUAGAGAAAGAUUGAUUAUAUUAGAUCCCACUGAUAAUCCCUUUCUAUAUUUUGAUGUCUAUUCAAAAAUGUGUUUUGUAAACAUGGCAGUAAACACUGAAAUAUUAUAUACAGAGAAUAUUAAUGUAGGAAGUUUAUUAAGAGCAAGAAAAGCAUUCUUUACAAGGUGUCAGGCAAUUGGUGCUUCUAAAAGUAAGUCUUUUAUAGGUAGACCUAAAAAUGAAAAUUGUAAAAUUUGCAAUUUAAAAAUUAGCUAAAAUGAAAAUAUUGAGGUCUUU